UGUGUGUGUGUGUGUGUGUGUGUAUGUAAAGAGAGAGAGAGAGAGAGCGAGCCAGGGAGAGAGUGUGCACUUAAAGAAACAUACACACACACUAGUGCCAGGUUGAAGCUGCUGGAUACCAGUGUACGGGCUCUACAAGCCCACAAGCUCACCAGCAUGGACCAGGAUCUGGCGAGCAAAAGGCUCCACUCGAGGAUGGAGGCAUCCUGUCUGGAGCUGGCUUUAGAAGGUGAGCGCCUGUGCAAAGCCGGAGACUUUAAAGGUGGGACAGCGUUCUUCGAGGCCGCGGUUCAGGUGGGAACGGAAGAUCUGAAGACCCUCAGUGCCAUUUACAGCCAGCUGGGCAACGCUUACUUCUACCUCAAGGAGUACGGCAAAGCUCUGGAGUAUCACCGACACGAUCUCACACUCGCCAGGACGAUCGGAGACAGGAUAGGGGAGGCCAAGGCCAGCGGGAACCUGGGCAACACGCUAAAGGUACUUGGGCGCUAUGAUGAGGCGGUCGUGUUCUGCCAGAGACAUCUGGACAUCUCACAAGAGCAAGGAGACAAGGUUGGCGAGGCCCGGGCUCUGUACAACAUCGGUAACGUGUUUCACGCUAAAGGGAAGCAGCAGUUGUGGGGAUGUUCUCAGGAGCCGGGAGACCUGCCGAGUGACAUGAGAGACACGUUACAGAGAGCCACCGCUUUCUACGAGAUGAACCUGUCUCUGGUGAAGGAGCUGGGUGACCGGGCCGCUCAGGGGCGGGCUUUCGGUAACCUUGGUAACACACAUUACCUGCUGGGUAAUUUCGUUGAAGCCAUCAAGUUUCAUCGUGAGAGACUUUCCAUCGCUAAAGAGUUCGGAGACAAAGCGGCGGAGCGGCGGGCCUACAGCAACCUCGGCAACGCUCUCAUCUUUCUGGGGCAGUUCACCUCAGCCACAGAGUACUACAGGAAAACCCUGCAGCUCUCCCGCCAGUUGAAGGACAAGGUGAUGGAAGCUCAGGCGUGUUACAGUUUGGGAAACACAUACACACUGCUGCAGCAGUACGAGCGCGCCAUCGACUAUCACCUCAAACACCUGCUGAUCGCUCAGGAGCUCAACGACAGAGUGGGAGAAGGCCGUGCAUGCUGGAGUUUGGGAAACGCCUAUGUGUCUUUAGAAAACCAUCGCCAGGCUCUGCACUACGCACACAAACACCUCGACAUCUCCAGAGAGAUCGGGGACAGGAAUGGGGAGUUGACAGCUCGGAUGAACGUGGAUCAGCUGAUGGAGACGCUGGAGGUGAAAGAGGGAGACCUAUCGCCAUGCGGCUCCGAGUUCGAAACGCAGGGCGCUCGGCCGAAGUUGAAGAAGAGGAACAGUAUGGACAGUGUUGAUCUGUGGAAGUACACUUCUGAAAAGAACGGAGACGGACAUGACGUGGACGGCGUGUCCCAGAGGUCUAAACAUCAGCUGUCUCACUCCAGCAGGAGGAAGAAGUACACAGAGAGCCAGACAUCAGAGGACCGGCAGUGGCUGGACUCACCUGUGGACACGGAUGACAUCACUGUACAGGUAACGCCACAGAAGCUGGGUCGCGACCCCUCCGAUGAAGACUGCUUCUUCGAUCUGCUCAGUAAGUUCCAGAGCAGCCGCAUGGACGAUCAGCGCUGCCAUCUCAGCGAGGAUGCUAACGGUCAGGACACACACAGCGAUGACGCCGCAGACUCCGCCAUCGGCGACAUGAUCGAUGCCAGCCUCCUGGCCUCACCUCAGACGGAGGAGCUGUUCGAUCUGAUUGCCAGCUCGCAGAGCCGCAGACUGGACGACCAGCGAGUCAGCGUCGGGAACCUGCCGGGUCUCAGGAUUACCCACAACAACCUGGGGCACCUGCGCACCGAAGCCGAGCCUCAGGAGCCCAGCGACGACUUCUUCAACAUGCUCAUCAAGUGCCAGUCGUCCAGGAUAGACGAUCAGCGGUGUUCCCCUCCAGAAGGCGGUCCCCGCGCCCCCACCGUGCCAGAUGAGGACUUCUUCAGCCUCAUCCAGAGGGUUCAGGCCAAACGCAUGGAUGAACAACGCGUCCAGCUUCCCUCUGAGAACCACUCGGACAACGAGAACGCCGCUGGAGACUCCAGCUAGACCACACACACAGACACAGACACCAGGAAACAGACAGAUGACGGGGCGGUUCCUGGCCUACGACUGCAUCGUCUGUGUAUUCGUGUAGGAGUGACAUCGUGCACUGUGUUAUCCAGGCUGACGAUGUUAAGGGACCUCGCGUGGUUCAUUAGACACCAACCUCUAGUGUUGUUUAGUAUGCACUCGCUAGCUGCAAAUCGUCAUUCAGUACGUCUAUGUGGUGAAAGUGGAGUUUUGACGCUUUUUUAGCCCGAGGUGUUCCUCCUCCAUCAGCCGUGACAUGCUCAGUGUCAGUGUUGGUUUUCUUUUUAUAGUACUGUAUCAUUCCAACGAUACAAAAAUCCUUCAAACUCAUUCAAAAUAGGUGCUGUCUGUCGUUCCGUCUUUCUUUUUUAAAUAGCAUGUUGUAUAUUUAUUAUUGCAUUGAUGGAGAAAAAGACUGACAUAGCAACAACUGUGAAAAAAAAUACCUUUAUUAAUUUUAUUUAAUAUAGAUAAGAUCAUAAUGAUAUAACAAUUUUAAAAAGUAUAUAAACUUUUAAAAGAUUAAAAGAAAAGAAUGAAUGUUUUGUUUGUAAAAAAAAAACAGUGGUAUUUAGCUUUUAUGAUAAUGAUGAUUGAUUCUUUUAAUGUGCGCUAGAGCUAAAUGAGCCGUAAGUGGUUGCUUUUCUUGCACAAAUAGCAAACUAACUAGUGAAAGUGUGGGCGGAGCUACAAAUACUGCACAUCACUGAUUGGGUAAUCCCAAGCUUUAUCCUCUUUUUUUUUUUUUUUUACUUCUCUCUUUUGCAGUUUUGGGAGGUAAUGUCACAAUUUUAUUAAGUUGAAUAUUUUAAAUUAGUGUUUUAUUUUUUGAAAAAUAAAUGUACAUUUAUUUUAGUUAUAAUUUAUUUAGCCACAUUUUAUAAAUUGUUUUGGGUUCUGUAAAUAUCAUCUCAAUAAUUUGCACCAAAUCCUACACAGGCUCACUGCAUAGGGUAUAAAAUUAAAGUGAUAAAGGAUGCAUUGCACAGUGCAUUAUAUUACAGUAGUCAUUUGUUUUCGUUGCUUUCUGCUGAUUACAUUUUUUCAGUCAAGACGACAAAAAGCUAUCUUAAAUGUUGUCUUAAGACUGAAUCCCAAACGAUGUCAUGUUAACUAUACAGUACAUGCCCAGUAAUGGUGCUGCAGUACAUACGUAGUGCACUAUAGAAUGUCACAAAAACAACAACAACAAAAAAAAUGCACAAGUCCUUGUGUGUCUUGUCUAGUUCUUUGUAUUUUUGAAAAAUGCGUUUGUCCCCACCUGACGUACUAAUCAGUCAACAAAAAUAUUGCAAAGC